AUGCAGUACAAGAAUAAGACCGAAGGCACCAGCUCCUGCAGGAUUGAUCCACAAAAUAGGCCCUUUCAAAAGAAAGUCGCCCGAUACAUACUAUUAGGUCGUCCAGAAACUGGGUCCGAAAGUUGGUCAGUUGCGUCAUUCCAGGCUAAACACCUGCAGGUGUAG